AUGAGGAAGAAAACCACGGAAAUUUUUUGUGAAUAUGCCGUUAGAUGGAGGGAGCAAGCUGCUAGGGUUAAACCAUCAAUGAAGGAAUCAGAGAUGAUUGAUGUUUUUCUCCAAGCCCAAGAACCUGAUUACUUUCAUUACUUGCUUUCUUCCGUCGGGAAGACCUUCGCCGAAGUUAUCAAGAUUGGGGAAAUGGUGGAAAAUGGCAUCAAGUCUGGGAAGAUCGUAAGCCAAGCUGCUUUAAAAGCCACAACACAAGCGCUUCAAAAUGGUUCUGGAAAUAUUGGAGGGAAGAAAAGAAGGGAAGAUGUAGCCACCGUUGUAUCAACACCUCGAACCUAUGCCCAAGAUAAUCAUACACAACACUACUUUUCUCCCCAAAUUCCACAAUAUCCUGUCCCAUAUCCUCAAUAUCCCAUUUUUAGCGCACAACUAAAUGUUCUCCCUUCUUAUCCGCAAUGGCGUGCACCACUUCCUCAAAAUCAUCCAUCACCCCCACAAAUUCACCAAAAUACAACUAGAAUUCCUUUUCGUCCUAGAAAAGAAUACAAGAAGGGAAAUGGAGCUAAGGAUGAGUUCACCCCUAUUGAAGAAUCAUAUGCUAGCUUGUUUCAAAUAUUAAGAACGUUGAAUGUUUUGAGUCCUAUUGAAAGAAAGAUGUCGAAUCCUCCUCCGAGAAAUCUUGAUUAUUCCCAGCACUGCGCAUAUUGUUCUGAUGCCCCAGGGCACAACAUAGAAAGAUGCUGGUACUUGAAAAAGGCAAUUCAAUAUUUGAUCAAUACUCGUCGAAUUAUAGUUGAAAGCCCAAAUGGACCGAAAAUCAAUCAAAAUCCACUGCCCAGACAUACUGAAACAAACAUGUUAGAGAUGAUGAAUGACCACGAAGAAGUUGCAGUCCCAUACAAGCCAAUCCUUAAGGUUGAAACUGGCAUGGAAAGUUCAGCAAAUGUCGUUGACUUAACAAAAAUGAUGCCUUCAGGGGCGGAAAGUACGUCUGAAAAGUUAACCCCAUCAAGCGCACCCAUCCUAACUGUAAAAGGAGCACUUGAAGAUGUUUGGGCAAGUCAAAGAGAGGCAAGAUUGGUUGUUCCAAGAGGGCCAGACAAGCCUAUCUUGAUCGUGCAAGGAGCCUAUAUUCCACCUGUGAUCAUUAGGCCAGUGUCCCAACUUCCAAUGACUAAUCCCAAGGCUGUCCCUUGGAAUUAUGAGCCUACCGUCGUGACAUACAACGGGAAAGAAAUCAAUGAAGAAGUAGAUGAAAUAGGAGGAAUGACUCAUUCGGGAAGAUGUUAUGCCCCGACUGAAUUAAGGAAAUGUAAAAAUGACAAAUGCAAGUUAAAUGUCCAGUCACUGAAGGGGAGGCAGAGGAGUUCUUAA